UUCAACAUUGUUAAUUCAAAUAAACAGCUGAUUGCACGACAAUCACCGGUCUGAGAGUUAAUAUAAUAUUUUUGGAAAAUAAGAAAUAAUUGACAAAAUGACCACAUUGAGGUUGAUGACGCGUAUUGGGCAAACUGUUUGGCAACAGCGGCAAGGAAUGCAACUGACAGUUUUGGGUAACAUGAAGUACAGAUCAUGGUACCUACUAAACUCUCACAGCACAACACAAUGUAUAUCACUUGCACCCUUCGUAAGUAGUCGCCAUUCAUUUAGCACAAAGAAAACUGCGGACUUAGCUGGUAAAACCGACACCAAAUCAUCUCCGGUUUUAGCCGAUGAGGAUAUUUUUGGUGAGGCAUCUAAACUGGGACUAUUUGCGAAAUUCAAAUUGAUGUACAAAAAAUAUUGGUAUGUGCUUUUACCUGUUCAUGUUGUUACUUCGAUUGGUUGGUUUGGAGGUUUCUAUUAUUUGUCAAAAAGUGGUGUAGAUAUUCCAUUGCUUCUACAACAUAUGCACCUUAGUGAAAGUAUAGUGGAACGCUUCCAAAACUCUAGUAUGGGUCACUAUGCGAUAGCCUAUCUUUGCUACAAAGUGGCGACUCCCCUACGUUAUGCGGUUACCUUAGGUGGUACAACCGUGUCCAUAAAAUAUCUUGUUCAAGCCGGACAUAUUAAACCAAUUCCCAGUAAACGAGAAUUAUUGCAGAUGUAUGAAAAAAAUAAAGCCGAUAGAGCUGCUGCGAAACUAGAAGGGAUUGAAGAAAAGCAAAAGACCAAGGGCAACGAAUGAGGGAUUCCAAAGUGAUAUUCACCAAAAAUUCAAAUACUUUAAGUGACAAAUGAUUACCGAUUUGCAAUUCAAAUUUCUCAGUCCUGUUUUGACGAUUAAAACAGUAAAGGAUGGUGCGGAAUGAACAUUUUA